CGCUCGGUCCCUGCUGCUCCUUUCUUGCUCUUGAUGCGAGGCGAGCACCGCCCAGCCUGUUGGUCUGCUCGCUUGCACAAAGCAACAAAGUUUGCUCGUACUGCAGUCUCUCUUCCUCUCUACCAUCUUUGUCCAGUUUCUUCUUCCUUCAGAAGUGUCGCCCGCUCAAAAGGUCCUCGAAACUAGAGAGACCUCAAAGCUUACAAUCGACCCUCAGAAGGUGUUCGCGCUCUGAGGAGCACAGCUCAGUCGAUCCUCUAGGGCACGCGUGGCUCGUUAGCCGCGAGCGCAGGAGAGAAGCGAUCAGUGAUUGGCACAAGCGCCCCGCGACUUUUGCGAGGCGGAUCGACUUCAUUUCACAGAAAUUCCAAUUGCGAGUAGCGCAAGCUUGCCGCUCAUCGCUCCAGAGAUGUCGCAAGAUAGCUACGGCAAUGGCGGGUAUGGACGCCGACCUCAGUAUCCGCCCGCAGAUCCGCUGCGCCACGGCAGCUAUGGACCAGGAGGAGGAGGAGGAGACUACCCUGCUAACUCCUCUAGCGGACAUGGCUAUCACGGCAGCUCGACCACCCUCGACGUGACCAAUGGUGACCCAUUCUACUCUGGCCCAGGCGGCAACCCGAGCUACGUCUCGGACUACCCGGACGAGAGCAAGAUUCCUCUGACAGCAGGCGCUGUUCCUCCUGCCACCGAGAAGUACGGCGCAUACCCUCCUUCGGACCGGCCUUACGGUGGCAUCCCCAUGCCUCAAGCACCCUACAGAGGUAAUACGCCGUUUAGCCAGUCUGACAUCGGACCCGAGGACAGCGCAAGUCAAGUAGCUUGGGCCAAGCGUCAACAAGGACCUAAGCGGGGUCUGACCCGUAAAGUCAAAUUGACGAGGGGAAAUUGGAUCGUCGAUCAUCGUGUGCCCACGGCCGUCAAGAACUCCAUCGAGCCCAAAUGGAGCCAAGGUUCGAGGACGAAUGAAUUUACGCACAUGCGCUACACGGCAGCUACCUGCGAUCCGGAUGAGUUUACGCCCGAAAACGGCUGGAAUUUGAGGACUUCGGCGCAAUAUCAGCGAGACACGGAGUUGCUCAUCGCCAUCACGUAUUACAAUGAGGAUCGUGUCUUGCUGGCGAGGACUUUGCACGGAGUCAUGCUCAACAUUCGUGAUAUCUGCAAGUCGAAAGCUUCCAAGUUCUGGAGGCGAAGCGCAGAGGAAGGUAGACCUGGUUGGCAGCGCAUUGUCGUCUGCCUCAUCUUUGACGGUAUUGAUCCCUGCGACAAGGAAGUACUCGAUGUACUGGCUACAAUCGGUGUGUACCAAGACGGAGUCAUGAAGAGGAAAGUCGAUGGAAAGGAGACGGUCGCCCAUCUUUUCGAGUACACUACUCAGCUCUCUGUGGAUCCUACACCGGCUCUUGUGACGCCGCACGGCGAUGAUCCUUCCAACCUGGUGCCGGUCCAGAUGAUGUUUUGUUUGAAGCAAAAGAACAGCAAGAAGAUCAACUCGCAUCGGUGGCUGUUCAAUGCCAUCGGAAGGCAGCUGCAACCCGAAGUCUGCAUUCUUCUCGAUGCUGGUACAAAGCCUGGCCACAAGAGUCUGUACUACCUUUGGGAAGCAUUCUACAACAAGCCUAACCUCGGUGGCGCUUGUGGCGAGAUUCACGCAAUGUUGAAGGGUGGCAGAAAGCUUCUAAACCCGCUGGUUGCUGCGCAGAAUUUCGAGUACAAGCUUUCGAACAUUCUCGACAAGCCGCUCGAAUCAUCCUUCGGAUACGUAUCUGUGCUGCCUGGUGCUUUCAGCGCUUACAGAUUCCGCGCCAUUCAGGGUCGUCCACUCAAUCAAUACUUCCAUGGUGAUCAUACCAUGGCGGAUAGGCUAGGCAAGAAGGGUCUGCACGGCAUGGACAUCUUCACCAAGAACAUGUUCUUGGCCGAGGAUCGUAUCUUGUGUUUCGAGCUAGUGGCCAAGGCGGGAGACAAGUGGACGCUGUCCUAUGUAAAGCCUGCGAAGGGAGAAACCGACGUACCCGAGGGAGCUGCUGAGCUCAUUUCUCAGCGUCGUCGAUGGCUCAACGGUUCCUUUGCAGCCUCCAUCUAUUCUCUGGUACACUUUUUCAGGAUCUACAAAUCGAACCACGGCAUCAUUCGGCUCUUCUUCUUCCACUUGCAAGCACUCUACAACGCCUUCAACCUGCUCUUCUCCUGGUUUGCACUCGCCAACUUGUGGCUCACCUUCUCCAUCAUCAUCGCCUUCCUGCCCAACGUCAUUCUCAAGGAAGACAGCGAGACGCUGCAGACCAUCUUUCACUGGGUCAAUUUGGUUGCGCAGUGGAUUUACAUCUUCUUUGUCGUCUUGCAAUUCGUGCUUGCUCUGGGCAACCGACCAAAAGGAGAAAAGAAUACGUACAUGAUAUCGAUCGCCGUCUUUGCCAUCCUGGGAGCCUAUCUCAUAGUCGUAGCCAUCUGGUUGACCGUCAACUCGAUCACCAGUCUCAACUUUGAUGGCAAGUCUGCUGGAGCAAUUCUAAAGGAUCUAUUCUUGAGUCCUGACAAGGCGGUUUUGCUCGCGGCCUUGGCAGCCACCUUUGGUAUCUACCUGGUCGCCUCGGUGCUCUACGCCGACCCAUGGCACAUGUUCACCUCAUUCCCUCAGUACAUGCUCAUCGCACCUUCUUUCGUCAACAUCCUCAACGUCUAUGCCUUCUGCAACUUGCAUGACGUUUCGUGGGGUACCAAGGGCUCCGACAAGGCUGACGCACUGCCAUCUGUCGACACGAAGAAGGACAAGCCCGGUCAAGAAUCUGGCACAGUAGAAGAGAUUGAACAAGAGCAGGCAGAUAUCGACAACAACUUCAAGGCAGUGGUCAGCCGAGCUGUAGCGCCUGUAGUGAUCGAAGACAAACCGGAGAAGCCUACAAUGGACGACCAGAACAAGACUUUCCGUACCCGACUGGUCAUCUUCUGGCUUCUUUGCAAUGGUGCGCUCUUGGUCGCCAUCAUGAACGUCAACGGAGUGACCUCAAAGAACACGACGCAGGAACAGGUCGACGCUGCCCAAUCUCACAAGCAGGGAGCCUACUUCAACUUUGUCAUUUGGACGACCUUUGGACUGUCCUUCUUCCGAUUCGUCGGCGCUUUGUACUACUGGGUCAUGAGACAGACGGGACGUUGGUUCCGCAAGUCGUAAAUGCGCGCACGCGCUCCGUCUUGCUUUGAUGCUACCUCCGUCCUUUUCCCCCGCUCUCCCAUCCCGUUGUCACCGCCUGCUUCAUUCUACCUCUUUCCAGCGCCCGGUCUCACGAAGCUCGAUAUCCCCAGGACAUUUGGCCACGUUCGCUUGUGUUUCCCAGCCGUGCUUCACUCUGCUGGGACCUCAGAUUUAAUCUCGACGCUCUCUUUUGCACUGCGUCCAUGUGUGCCA